GUUUCUACAAACUACUCUUGGAUCAAGUCAAUUGCACAUACUUCAGUAUGCAGGCCUUCAGAUCAACACCAAGAGUUGCUUCGCAAUUCAGGCCUACUGGCCUACCCAGAUUCUACUCGACCCAGAAAAGCUACGAGCACCUGCUUGUCUCCACCCCGAAGCCAGGCGUAGGAUUUAUCCAGCUCAACCGUCCUAAAGCCCUCAACGCGCUAUGCACUCCCCUCAUCCUCGAGCUCAAUCAAGCCCUGCGUGACUUUCAAGCCGACAAGUCCAUCGGCGCGAUCGUCCUGACCGGCUCCGAGAAGGCCUUUGCCGCUGGUGCAGACAUCAAAGAGAUGAAAGACCUCACCUUCAGCAACGCAUACGGAAACGACUUCAUCGAAACAUGGUCGGACCUUGUUACGUUCCUGAAGAAGCCGCUCAUCACAGCCAUCAACGGGUACGCGCUUGGUGGAGGCUGCGAGCUUGCCAUGAUGGGAGACAUCCUGUACGCAGGACCUAAGGCAGUGUUCGGUCAGCCGGAGAUCAAGUUAGGCGUCAUUCCUGGCGCGGGUGGAUCGCAGCGUCUGACCAAGGCGAUCGGGAAGUCGCGGGCUAUGGAGACGAUCUUGACUGGCGACAACAUCUCUGCGAAGCAGGCUGGCGAGUGGGGGUUGGUUGCAAAGGUGUUCGAGACACCAGAGGCGGCUGUGAAUGGAGCUAUCGCUACGGCGGAGAAGAUUGCAGGAUUCAGUCAGAUCGCCGUCAAGGCUGCCAAGGAAGUAGUCAACAAGAGCCAGGAGCUGGGUAUCAGGGAAGGCGUCGAGUAUGAGAGGAGAGUAUUCCACGGCUUGUUUGGAAGCCAGGAUCAGAAGAUUGGCAUGGCGGCAUUCGCUGCGAAGUCAAAGGCAGAGUGGAAGAACGAGUAGAGCAUCCGCUUAGAAUUUAGUAGCAACGUGAACAAAACAAUCCAUUGUCC